GAGGGUGACCCCGCUUUUCCGCGUCGCUCCUGCUACAUGUUUUUCCGGGCUCCUGCCUUUUCCUAAAGUCGAGACCAACAAUCGCAUUUGUGUGACUUGAGUCCUGAUGUCAACUUCAGAGCGACCUCCGGUGACACCUCAGACAACACCGACGGAUUUAAAUAGCUCGGUCGCCAAAAGAAGAGCAGCCCGCGAGCGUACGAGGGCGACCCGUGCUUGCGAUAGGUGCAAAGCAAAAAAGGCUCGUUGUUCUGGGACUCAACCCUGCUCGGUCUGCCAUCGUUCGGGCCUUGAGUGUUGCUAUGAGGCGUCAUAUCGCCGAGGGAGGACGCCGUAUAUUUUACCAGCCGGUCAUAUCCCACCGACGCCUGGGACGCGAAUCGCAUCUCUCACAGAGUCCGAGGCGCUCAACAGCACCACUACCACGUCCAGUCUGCCUGAUUUGAAUCGGACCUCGGUUGAGGAACCAGAUUAUGUUAGCGAUCAGCAAGACAUCCCAGGCAGUUAUAUUGGACCAGCUUCUGGGGUAUCCUUUCUCACUCGAGCGAAGAAACGGUUGCGAGAUGAUGUCUCUGCCGUAACAGAUGUGUCAGCUUUUGCAUUCGGAGACACCCCGUUGCCAGAGCAUGACUCCUCCUUGUUGAUUCUACCUUCGAAGACAGAAGCUCUGACGCUGCUCAAGACAUACUUUGACGUUUCUUGUCCAACCCACAGAUACCUACACCACCCAACGCUGAGGAUCUGGUGCGAUGGUUUGUAUGAAGUUCAAAUGACGAAUCACUUUGAGCCUGGAGAUAGAGAGAAGAAAGCGAUAGUCCUUAUGGUAAUGGCACAAGCGACACUGACGAGCGGGCACCUGGACAAGGGUUGUUCAGCGAGAAGUGCCAUGUUCUUUGGCGCAUCAGAGCAGCAGGUAGCCAAAGAAAGAGGAGAGACGCGAUUAACAAGUGUCAUGGUCCGUCUCCUUCAAUGCCAUUAUCUGGCAUCGCAAUCGCGGAUAAAUCAUGCUUGGACCCUUCUCGGAACUACUGCUCGACUGGCUUUUGCUGCAGGACUACACCGUAAGCAGAAGAUACAUCAUGGCAACGCCAAUCAUAUUGAAGUUCAGUGUCGAAGACGCACUUUCUGGGCCGUGUACAGCUUGGAUCGAUAUAUGAGCGCUACUCUGGGACGGCCAAAAGCGAUACAUGAUGAUGACAUUGAUCAGGUUCGUAUUCCCACUGAACGUGUACUCGCCGAUAUAACUGACCUAAUGCAAUGGUGUAGGAGCUACCUGAUUGCAUCGAUGACGACAACAUUCUUCAAGACCGACUUCUAGCCAGAUCAGCCCAUACACAAAGUGUCAUGCAAGCCUCCAUCUGUCAUAUCAAGUAUACACACCUCCAAACUCCAUACCCUCACAUUCAGCUAACUCUUCAUCAGACUCGCUAGAAUACUCAGCGGUAUUCUCAAAGAACAAUACAGCAUCAAUCCCUUACCAACUUCAUCUCAAGCCCUCGUUACCAUCAAGUAUGAUGCCGCUUUACAAUCAUGGCACGCGGAUUCCUCGGCCUUUGUCACCAAAACAUGGCAGGAUAUACUCCUCAUGGCACCGCCAU